AUAAAUACAUGCAAAUCCCAAUUAAAAAAAGGCGGCAGUGGAGCUUCCAUAAACGUCGACAAUCUGCUCAGUUGGUCGCCGGCCGGUGGACGGCCCCUUUCUCAACUCUCAUCAAACAUGGCAAACAACAGCAAUAGCAAUCAAUCACAAGGGCAACCACCGCCUUAUCGUCCUUAUAGGUUGAAGAAAGUCCUGAAUCUCCACACACGCGCCGUUUCGUGCGUCAAGUUCGCCAACAACGGCAAGCUUUUCGCUUCAGCUUCUCUGGACAAGACCUUGAUCGUGUGGUCCGCGGAAACCCUAACCGAAAUUUCUCACCUCGUCGGCCACUCUGAAGGCGUCUCCGACUUAGCUUGGUCAUCCGACUCAACCUACAUCUGCUCCGCUUCCGACGAUCGGACCCUCCGAAUCUGGGAAGCGCGCUCCGCCGAAUGCGUCAAAUCCCUAAGGGGACACACCGACUUUGUCUUUUGCGUCAAUUUUAACCCUCAAUCGAACCUCAUCGUCUCGGGUUCGUUUGACGAGACGGUUCGGGUAUGGGACGUGAAAACGGGCAAGUCGGUUCAUGUAAUUCGGGCCCAUUCUAUGCCGGUUACUUCUGUGCAUUUUAACAGGGAUGGAUCGUUGAUAGUGUCUGGGAGUCACGAUGGGUCUUGUAAGAUUUGGGACGCAGCAAGUGGCGCGUGCCUCAAGACGCUCAUCGAUGAUAAGGUUCCGGUGUCAUUUGCCAAGUUUUCCCCUAACGGGAAGUUUAUACUUGUUGCCACUCUGGAUGAUACUCUUAAAUUAUGGAACUAUUCAGCUGGGAAGUCAUUGAAAGUGUACACUGGUCAUGUGAACAGAGUGUAUUGCAUAACACCUACAUUCUCCGUUACGAGUGGAAAGUACAUUGUUAGCGGUUCAGAGGACAAGUGUGUGUGCAUAUGGGAUCUUCAAGGGAAGAACAUGCUUCAAAAGCUCGAAGGGCACGCUGAUACCGUCGUCUCAGUAACUUGCCACCCAGUUGAGAAUAUGAUUGUUUCUGCAGGGCUUGACAAUGAUAGGAGUUUGAGGGUCUGGGUUCAAGGUUAAAUAACUGGUGGAGUGGUACAAGAGGUCAGUUUUGUGGUUAAAAAUGUGUAAAUGCCUAAAUAAUCAUUCCAUGUGAAGUUGAAAUGGUAGCAUUUUCUGCUGAGGAAAAUGGUUUCACCAUUGUUGAUUGGAGUUGAUUUAUUAGCACCCCUUGUUCUUAAUACAAGGUAGAUGGAUACUCCUGAUACUCAAGUGUAGCUGUCAAUCUUGAAAUCAUGUUUAGUUGUGUUAUUCUGAACCUACUUUGAAUUCACAAAGUAGAGGUUCGACAUAGUAUGCAAAUUAUCAUUCCAAUUAACGUCGUGUUAGUGAUACCAUUCUGGUGGAUGAGAUGCUGUCUAAGCUUUCAUGACAUAUCUUUUGGAUGAAAGUUUUUUGGGUUGUAGAUAUGGCUCCACAGUUUUGUUUGUUCAUUCUCUGGCCUUUCUUAUUUUUCUAUGUUAAGAAAUUUAGCUAUUUUCCGAGUGAUAACUCAUGUGUAGCAAGUGAUGACUGUUUGACUGAUUUAGGCAGCUAAGUUAGAAAUUUAGCUAUUUUCCGAGUGAUAACUCAUGUGUAGCAAGUGAUGACUGUUUGACUGAUUUAGGCAGCUAAGUAUUUACACAGAUUAGACUUCGAUUCAUGCUUUCAUUACACAACAUAUCAGUGAUUCCUUCCUAAAUGGAAGUGUAUCUGCAAUUUUGCAUUCUGCAAGUGUGCAACUUUCCUGAACAAUAGAAUUCAUUCUUCCUUCCUCUAGGUUAUUUGUUGGCAGUCAUUCACCUUAAAUCACAGAAGUAUGAAGAGCUCCUAUUGGAAGCUUUUCCAUUUUCUUUAUUUUUGUAGUUCUUUAUUUUAUUUUUUCUCUUUCAUCAUAAAUGUGGACGUGUGGUAACAAGUUGGAACCAAACUGCUGUCAAAAAGAAAUGAACCAUUUUGAUUAUAGACCUGAUAAACUGGUUACAAAAUGAAUAAAGUAGUUUAUGCUGCAUCAUCCCUGCCCUCAAGUCUUGCUGAACCAUAUAUAUCUUCUGCGCCACUUCUGACUCGCUUCCUACGAUCUGCAAUCAUUUCUGUAUAUGCCUGCAAUAUGAGUUCAGAAUGUUAUUCAAACCUUUAAACAGUUAAUCGUUUCUUUAAGAAGGUUUAACACAUGAUCGUCCUCUUUCCUAAUAGUCCAAUUUAUGAUUAGCUACAUGUUCCUGACUACUAAUACAUAGCUGAACACAGAACAAAAGUUCCUCAAAUUUGCCAGAGCCUAGGUAUAUGCAAAAGAACAAAUUUUGGUACUUAACAGGCCUGUGCAUUUGAUGAUUCUGAGUUUUGAAAAUUCAAAUUUGCAAGGUACAAAUUAUGAUACACAAGGAAACAUACUAACCUGAGGAUAAGAGACCAGAAAAAUGUACCACCAAGCGCAUAUCAGACUGAGAACAACAGAGGUAACAAUGACUGAAUGCAAAACGAACCAGCUACCAGUAAUUAAGAGCAUCCCGGUUGAGACUAUAGUCCAGGGUUGGCACCUGAAAUUGUUGAUGAACCAAUGAUGAUUGGUGAAUGAUAGUUGUCAAACUUUUAGUAGUAAUCCAUUAGAGAAGCUUGAUGCUGCUAGAUUACUAACCAGGAUGGCUUGGUGUCCCAAACAGAAUCAUACUCAAGCGAGAGGUAGUUAAGAUAGCCGUCCAUGUCCUCCACAGCCCCAUUCUCGUCGAAGAACGUGGCAGGAUCCUUGGGAUGGUCGACGUCAUUACUGCUGCCACACGGCGGCCGGCGGCUCUUCUUGUUAAUGAUUGAACUGGUAGUUAGUUUGUGGGGUUUCCGGUAUAUUAGGGAAUUGAGAAAGAAGGUUUUGGGAGUGGAGGCCGCUACAGUUGGUCUUAAUCUUGGUGGGUUAGAGAAGGUGACGGCGGGGCAUGGGCUGAAACUGAAACUCUGAGCUAUCAUUUUCCCAACUGUAAUCUUCAAUUUUUGUUCGUCGGAAAUUUUGAGCUCGGAAGCUAGUUGUCCCGGAGCAGCCAACGGGUGAAAUUACAAAAGUAGCCACCAGCCAGUGGUUAUCGGAUAUCAGAAAUCUGAGAUGGGUCCCAAUUUUCUGCUUUACUAGGCGUACACGAGUGUACCACCAUCUUAUGCGAAUUUUUAUACUCCUAAUAUAAAUAAAUAAAUACAGUAUAUUCCAAUGAAAAAAACCUUAAUUACUAAUUGUUAAGUCAAACUUUGAGACUUAAAAGUUGAAACAUCAGGCAUUACUCUUCAGGGUCUAUUCUUAUCAAAUUUCCUGGUUCUGUUUCUGUCCCAUGGGAAAAAGUGGACUUACACGAUUCAUCAUUUCUUCGCCAAUCCUGGGGAUUUCUUUUGGUGAAAUCUUACUAAAACACAUAAAUGAAUCCAACUAAUGAAAGAAAGCAAAAAGCUUCAAAUGAUCAAUCAACCCACCCGUAACAUGUUUGUAACUUGGUGAUACCAUUUAUCACUUGCCAAGAGGAUGAAUAAUGCAAAAAUCUUGCCGAAAUGUAUCAUCAUCAUAAGAACUUCCAUUAGACACUACAGUUUUAGGCAUUCAGGCUUUAGCUAUGAACCAUGUAUUAUUGGUCAGGAAACUGCUGUUUGGAAUUCCAUAUCCACUAUCACAUGGAAAUUAAUAAACAAGAAUUACCUGUAUGAAAUAAAACCAAACAAUUUGAACAAAUCCAUAACAGGAAUGAAGGCUGAAGAGCAAUCUGGCCUCUGAUAAUAGAUCAUUCACAGAUGCAGGCCGCCCUAUAGUAUUCAGAUUAAUCAGUACAAAACUCAAGCACUUCAAAUGACUAAACACCGAAUUCUACGAUUUACAACCUUUCUCAGAUAGCUCUUUAUCUACUACUACCCAAGCACUCAUCAUAGGAGUAAAAAUCUAUAAGUAAUCGCCCCUUACCAAAGCCUAAUUUUUGUUUGCAAAAUUGUACUAAAUCUAUGCUGUGAACUUUGAAAUUAAUCAAAAGAAAGAAAUUGCGUGUAAUUUUUUUUUUUCACACAAAAUCUAAUGUUCAUGUGGAUCCCAACUGACAAACCAAAGACUCAUGUUGAAUUAUUCACCUUCGCGUCCUGUCAUCUGGGCUGUACCAGAACUGUUCUCACAGACGCCGCCGGCGUGGUUCUGGUUGCAACUAUCGUCGUUAACCGCCGGACGGUGAACGUGGGAAAAUGGAGUUGACAGGGCAUGAACAACGAUCCUCUUGUUAGUCACAAUAUCAAAGCUCUUAAUCUUGACGUAAUUGAUCUUCAUCGGAGCCAAGAACCCGGCUCCGCCCGCGGUGGUCACCACCAGUUUCUGCCCGUGCUCCAUCGUCGGAAUCUCGAAACCCACCGGCAGAUUCUUCAGAUCGGACCCCUUCAAGAGCUUCCCGGGCACAAUGUGAAACAUCAAAUCAGUGACGUAAGCGUGCCCACCACCUCCGGCGAAGAUGGAUGCAUCGUCUAAGGCGAAAAUCGUCAUGGACUUGAGUUGAGACAGCUCCGGGUACUUGACCCGCAUAGCCAGAGCCAAAAGACCGAACCCGUUGACCCGAAGAAGCAUCAUGGCCUCUUUCAGCAAGAACCGCAUAAUCAAGAACUCCGCCGUGUCCGGGGGCUGGUUCGGAAAGGCGAGAGUAGUCAUCUUCUCGACGGCGCAGGAAGUGGGCGAGAGAUGAGACAUAAAGCCGUGGACCCCAUGGAUGAUGAAGAGGCCAUUGUUGAAAAGGUCUGGCUUAGUGAUUUCGACGCCAUUGACAAACACCUUGCGUUUCGCGAUGGGCUCGUAAGGUUUCGUCGGAGAAGCAGUAAUGGUGAGGCACCGAUUGGGGGCUAGGGUUUCAAUCUUGGUCCCGAAGGCCAAAUUGCGGAGGAAAUGGAGAUUGUAAAGGCCCGGAAUGGAAUGUUCUUGAAUCAAGAGAGGAAGGGAACAGGCAGGGCAAGUAAGGAGGGAAGAAUCCGUCGGAGCGAAAAUGGUGGUCGGAGUCGGAAAGGAGAAGUUCGCGUUGACGGCGGCUAUGGACAAUUCUUGGAAACCGAGGGUGGAGAAGAUGGUGGCGAAGAGGGACGGCGGGUAUGUGAUUGUGUGAGGAAUCAAAAGCGGCUGAGAAGGCGGAGGAAAAGGGUGGGAAACGGCGGCGUAAGAAGCCAAAAUUGCCGUCACGAGGAGGAAGAGUAGUUUACCGGCGGUGACCGCCAUUGAUGAAGAUUGCUUUGACGGUUAUUUUCUCAGAGCACAGUAUAGUAAGAGCGGUUUUAGUUUGCAGAAUUGGGGUGGUUAUCAGAACUUGCUGAGAAAGACGGUUCUUUAUCCCCAAUGGAUCCCCUUUUUAUAGAUUUUGUUUAACGCUGCAAAUUCCUGACCCUUAAUCUUGUAUCUUAUACAAGAACAUUAAGGGAAAAACUUAAAUGACAAAUUUCCAGGGAACUAAACAGAUGCAAAAUGCCACUAACCUAUUUGCCGAAAGCAUUUGGUCAUCUACAAAUGAUUUAUGAAGUGGAAUUCUGUGUUUCUAUACUCUAAAUACCUUGUUUUUCUCCUCCAGAACGUUUAGAAGCACACCAAAAAAGAAGAAGAAAACAUGCAAAAAAGAACAUUUUUUUUUGUAGUAUUUCACUCAGUCUUCCAAGCAUACAAAAUCAGAGAAAAAGCUUGACCUUGUUGUGAGUCUGGACCCGACCAGCUAAAUGCAGAGGAAGGACUGCUAAUACUAUUUGCCAACUUCUGGGCUGAGCUUGAAAGAGAGGUUUGGAACAGGAACACAGCAUUUCCCACAACACUUCCAAAAAACCAACUGUGAACAUCCCAGUAGACAUGAACUGCCAUCCCAUCUACCAAAAUGGUUUGGUUUCCCCUGAAUUUCCACCUUAGUUUCUUCACCUGCAUUACAGCCUUUCUGUCUAUGCUAAUCACCAGAGAUGGAUCAUUGAUUUUCUCACUGUAACAUUCGAUUGUGAUGUCGUGUAUCCGGCCCUUGUCGUAAAAUUGUGCCUUUGUUCCAUAAUGUUUCUUCCCGAAUAUGUGCUCUCUUUUAGCAACAAACACUGCAUCAGAAGAUGCAGCAGCAGAGGCAGGCUUUCUUGGAGUUCGAUCGAUUUUCUUGUAGACUUCCUUAUGCAAAUCCCCGAGAAUCAGCACGAUUUCUUGGUCGAAAGCAACAGCUACGUAGAACCCUUCUCGUGGUUCAGGGCCAGUACCGAAUUUCGCCAAGGAGAAAUCCCAAUAUAUGUCAACCACAGAGGAAUCAACCAGUGAACUCUUGAACCCUUUUCUUCUUGUGAACAACCAUGGCUUGAUAUCAACUUUGCAGAGGAAUUCAUUGCUGGAAUUCUGAAUCCCAAUACUAACUCCUUGUCCUACUAAGUUCUUGGACCAGGUAAUGGUGAUGAAGCAUGAGCUGCCCUGAAAAAGACACUCAUACACGCAUGUGACUAGGUUCUGUGGAGCUUUGUUGUUUGAAGAUGAUGAUGUUGAUGAUGAUGAAUAAUCAACCACCUGAACACCAUUUUCACUGAAACAGGAAAAAUCCCGCAUUAUCCCACCAAUUCAAACUUCUUUUCUUUAUGUAUCAAAACCUCAUUUGAAUUGCAAUACAUAUACUAAAGUCAUCUGUUUCUAACAUGGUUGAUGCAGCCACGUUCUGAUGGAGAGCUACCUUCAGAAAUGUUUCCUCAUGAAAAGUGACAAUUCUAUGGCAUUAGCUGUACCUUAAUCUGUACUAAACAUAUACCCAAAAAAAAAAAACAAUAUGGAUCCCUCAGAGUCAAAUCGUAGUCUCUCUCCGCAAGAAAGCCUGAAAAAGCAAUUCAAAAAUGCCAAAUUUUUGUCUGAGGAAAGAAUAGAAAUAAAAGAAUGUUGGGUGAUCCUAUAAGGAGUUGGAAGGUAAAAGACAAAUCUUUACCCAAUGAAACAGAGAAUUAGGCCAUUUUGGGAUGUUGGGAUUCUUCAGCUAAAUAUGGACAGUUAAAAAUGUUUUGAUCUGCUUGGGUUGCUUAUGAACAACAAAAAAAAAGUUAACUGUUCCUCUACAAUGCGGUCCCUCUCUGAAUGAUGAUGAGUGUAGAAAUGUUUACAAUUUCCACACAGCUACAGAGACAGCAACCAACUUGGGCUUAUCCGUCAAAAAUGUUGAAUUUGGUAGUACAUUAAAUUGAGAGUUAAACCAUUUUUUGACAUAUUUCUUGCAGCGUCAAAACAGAAUUAGUCUCAAAUUCAAUUCAAGAGACCAAUUCAAGCAUUUGCGGAUAGGAAGAAUACUAC